UAAGGGUGGAGGAAGUUAGUCCCGCAUGAGUCGCCGUCGCUUUCUCGAAGUUGUGCUCUACAGUGGACGCGUUGCUAAGGGAAACGCGGCCUGGCUUCCUCCUGCAGCCUGCCUUCCUGUCUGCUGUCAUGUUCAAGGUGCUGAGACUGGUGGCUGCUCCGGCAAGCCUAAGCUUUGUAGCCCUCCGUGUGCAUGCUUCCAGCGAGGAGAAGACAACCCCUAAAGCACUAGUAAAAGUGGAAGAGCUUUCUCUGUACUCCAGUCCAGUCCAAGAAACCAAAUAUGUUGAAAACAAACAGACACAACUGGAAGAGGGAAUCUCGUGGCUGAGACAUUCAGUAGCACCGUAUACCGACUGGCUUCAGGAUACUUACUCCACAGUCAAGCCUAAAGUAGAAACAGCGGUGGAUCACUCCAAAGCGUCUUAUGAAUAUCUGAAGGAUGCACCUCCAGGCUUCUAUCCGAGACUUGGCAUAAUUGGAUUUGCUGGACUAAUUGGGUUGUUUCUUGCCAGAGGUUCCAGAAUAAAGAAGGUGAUCUACCCCCUUGGCUUUAUGGGAAUAGGUGCUUCUCUUUACUACCCACAACAGGCAGCCACCAUUGCAAAGGAUACCGGCACAAUCUUCUAUGACAAAAGCCUGCAAGCCUAUGUAAACCUGGAAUCUUUAUGGAAGGAUGGCGGGAAGAAAAAGAAGUCCACUAAAAAGGAAGGUGAAAAGUCGGAAGCAAGCUCAGACCCACCAGCGAGCGGUGUCCAUCCAUCAACUGAAGAGAAGUCCCAGCAGGAAGGUUCAUCUGAAGGAUCUCCGUAACCAGAUUGCGGAAGUUCCUUCACCCAUUCUUGCCCGGUAUUUUCAGCAACUUGUGAUGGCAUCUCAGGAAAAACCAAAACUUGCAGUUAUGCAAAUCUAAUUCAUUCAGUGUCUGUGUGAAGAUACUGUCAUCACUCCUACCAACAAUAAGUGAUCGCCUAAAGUCAGACAUAUUUAUCUAACUGUAUAUCACUUCAUAAUAAAAUCAACGUUUAUUU